UCACUACCUCCCAUCACCACCAUCGCCCGUGAGCGCCGCCUACCCAGCACCCACGCCGCCGCUUUGCGCCAUCGCCAAACAGCAGCAGCAGCAGCUCGUCCCCUUCACCUUCCACAGGGGUCCCCUAAACCUCCCACAGGGGUCCCCUUCACCUCCCACAGGGGUCCCCUUCUAGGGUUGAGCGAGCGGCCGGGGACAUCUCCGGGGACCGAGGGACCCCACGGGGACCCCACGGGGCCCCCAGCCAGAGGCGCGGCGGCUGCGCGAGAACCGCGGGUCCCGGCGACUCCGACACGUGUCGUGGUGUCCUACAGUCUCGCCGGGAUUCAGGCGGCAUGGACUUCAGCCCCAAAGAGUCGCCCAUCUACGGCGGCACGCGGGUCCUCGUGUCGUGCGCCGAGGGGACGCUGCCGCCGGGCGACGCCGACUUCUUCCUGGUGUUCGACGGCUCGGCCAGCCGGCACGUGGCGCCCGCCACACGCCUCAACGGCUGCACGCUGCAGGGAUUCACGCCAGGCCACGACCGCUGUGAGUACGUCAGCCUCUCCCUGUGGGCGUGGCCGCGAGGCGAGGCCGGCCCGGGCCGCCUGACCGGCGCCGGCGCCUCCGGGUGCCCUCAGCCGGCGGCGGCGGCGCUGGCGCGCUCGGCGGGCGAGCGGCCCGACUCGCCGCUGCUGGCGGGGCUGGACGCGGAGCAGCUGGCGCGCCUCGACCCCGCCGUGGCGGCCGCCCUGCAGCACCUGCGCGCCGGCGGGGAACUGGCGCUGCCCGACGAGAAGCGGCACGGGCUGCUGGCCACCGCACGCCGCCUGUCCCUGCCGUGCGUCCUCUCCUGCCUGCGCGCCGCCUUCCCGGCCGCCACCGGCGCCGCCGGGGACACGGAGGGGGGUCGCGACCCCAACGGCGACGCCGCCGGCGACCGCCCCCCCGGCGCUGCCGAGCGCUGCGAGGCCGCGUGGAUUCCACGCACCCAGCAUGCCCUGGGAAAGGGCUCCUGGGUGACCUUUCACCCCCACCUGGACGUAGCGAUGCUGAGCAGCCGGAAGGGCGGCCGCAGGGGGACUCAGCGGGGGCCCGAGGCCGACAUCCGGCGCUUCGCUGACGUGCUGGCGCGGCGAGCGACACAGCAGGUCAAUCAGGAGGGCAGAGCUGAGAGGGAAGGUGCCACUGACCCAGGUGUGGCCGGGAGACCGUCGCGUGAUCGCCCUCGUUCCACCGGCGCCGCCACCACCACCACCACCAAUGCCCCAGCGGCAUCAUCAACACCAACAACAACAACAUCAUCACCAGCAGCAGCAGGAGGAGGAGACGCGCAGAUGGACGAGGCGAGCUGCUACGGCGGCGCCGGUGGCGGCGGCACUUCGCUGCACCUGGAGGGCGCGACGCUCGCCAGUUCGGCGACCGAGGGGCGGGACGGCGGUGGCGCCGGCCCCCCCGAGGCGCCGCUCAGCGGCCAGCACCGCCUCGCCCGCGCUGCCACCCCUUCUUCGUCCUCGUCGGCGUUCCGAUCGCGGCUCCCCGCCCCGCGGUGCCACCCGUCGAGGACGCUCGGCACGCCGGGCGAGCGGCACUGCCACCGUGAGGCGACGGGGGGGGGCCCCCGGGAAGAGGGGGAGGCGGGGGGCGAAGCGGAGGAGCCCCCAGGCGGGGGGCCGCUGGACGGCGCCCCACGACCGUCCCAGCAGGAAGUCAACGACGUGGUGGCACCCGACUGGAGCCGGGGGCCCGCGCAGGAGGCAGCUGCGCCCGUCCCCACGAAGGCUCCGCUCGCAAAGUCCUCGUCGCUGUCGGCCAUCCGCCUCCCUCGUCCCAGCCUUGAGAGGUCGCUGAGCGGCUCGUCGGACACGAGUUUGCCGGACACGAGGGAGCCCCCCGCGUCCCGCCGCUCGUCGCUCCCCGAGGGGGGCGAGCGGCCGGGCUGGGAGCUCCUCCCGGACUCUCCCUGCUCCAUGUACGGCUCCCGCUCCUCGCUCACCGAGGUCCUCGAGGACGUGAAGGUGCACAGGGGAUGUCGUGACGGCCUUCCCGUCUGCUCCAAGGCGAAGCUGCGGGUGAGGCCGGGUGGUGGGCGCUGGGCGCUGGGCGCUGGGCGCUGGGCGCUGGGCGCUGGGCGCUGGGCGCUGGGCGCUGGGCGCUGGGCGCUGGGCGCUGGGCGCUGGGCGCUGGGCGCUGGGCGCUGGGCGCUGGGCGCUGGGCGCUGGGCGCUGGGCGCUGGGCGCUGGGCGCUGGGCGCUGGGCGCUGGGCGCUGGGCGCUGGGCGCUGGGCGCUGGGCGCUGGGCGCUGGGCGCUGGGCGCUGGGCGCUGGGCGCUGGGCGCUGGGCGCUGGGCGCUGGGCGCUGGGCGCUGGGCGCUGGGCGCUGGGCGCUGGGCGCUGGGCGCUGGGCGCUGGGCGCUGGGCGCUGGGCGCUGGGCGCUGGGCGCUGGGCGCUGGGCGCUGGGCGCUGGGCGCCUCGUAGCCGGGGACAAGUACGGACAGAUCCGGCUGUCGGGCUCCAACAAGGACAUCCCGGCGGCGGCGGCGGCGGCUUCCGGCAAAUGCCGCGGCCACGGCGCUAGCGGAUCGCUCGCGGCUCGCUGA